AUGCCCCCUCCAAUAUACGUAAAAGGAGGACAGUGGACGAAUGUCGAGGAUCAAAUCCUAAAAGCUGCAGUCUCCAAGUAUGGACUUACUCAGUGGGCCCGUGUAGCGUCGUUGCUACCGAAGAAAACCGCCAAACAAGCGAAAGCUAGAUGGACUGAGUACCUCAAUCCAAAUAUUAAACGAGACGAAUGGAGCCUAGAGGAGGACGAGCAAUUGCUCAGGCUAGCAAAACUCAUGCCGAAUCAGUGGCGAAGUAUAUCCCCAGUAAUGGGAAGGACGCCAGCGCAGUGUGUGGAGAGAUAUCAGCAGCUUCUAGAUCGAACGAUGGGGCUAAAUCAAGAUGAAGUGGAGGAAGCUGAAGAUGACCUCAAGUUGGCUGGCCCAGGAAUUGAGACAAUGCCAGCUUUGAGGAAUUCUUAUGAAAGUUUGCCCUCAAGGCCUGAUAUGGAAGAGAUGGACGAAGAUGAGCAAGAGAUGUUGAGUGAAGCAACUGCACGAUUAUGGAAUACUUUGGGAAAGAAGGCUAAGAGAAAGGAGAGAGAACGGAUGAUGCGGGAGAACAGACGAGUCACUCUUCUAGAGAAACGAAGAGAACUCAAAGCAGCGGGCGUUAGAAUGAGCUUGGAGCUGAAGAACAAGAAGAGAAGAAAAGAAUUUGACUACAAUGCAGACAUACCUCAUGAGCACAAACCACCUCCUGGUCUUUUUGAUACCACGGAGGAAGAUGCAAAGAACGAAAGGGAACGGCUAGCCUUCCAAGAAAAGGUUAACUUUAAAGGUAUGGAUGCGCCCGAAGAAAAAAAGAUAGCUAGCGAAAAAGACGAAGAGGCCAAAGCAAAUAAGAGGCUGAGGCAAAGGAUCUCAGAAGCUGGUAAGCUUUUUGCCGAGGCAGACGAACAGAAUAUCAAACGGAGAAAGCUAGAUCUUCCAGCUCCAGGAACCACAAGUGCAGAUAUCAUGACCAUCAACAACCGCAUUAGCGACAGUUCAAUCAAAAUACUCCAAUCUCAAAACAAGACGUCUGACUUUCCAGAAAAGGUAGACAAUGUUAACAAUAAGGAGACAAAGAAACCUUCAAUUCGAAAGUUACAAAAAGUUAUUCAGUCAAUGCUCGCCCAAAUUCCGGAACCAAAGAAUGAAGCAGACAUGCAGUUACCACAAUUUGACGUGAAUGUGGGUCUUUCGGAUGAUAUUUCCGACUCAGAAGUGGCCAUACCUCCAAAAUCUGACGUCCAGCAAACUACCUCCAGUAGCAAUCUCGUGGUCCUUCGUGGUUUGAGCAUACCAGAUCCAAAAAAGCUCAAAAGCUUAGAUGAACAGGGUUGCCUGGAACUUGACAAAGCCAUUGCCCAUGAGUUUGCGAAGCUCAUUCAAGCAGACUACACAAAAUACGUUGAUCCCGCGUUGAACUCAUCAGGAACGCUAGAAGAUAUGGAUUUCAAAAAUGUGCAGCGAGAAAUCGGAGAGGAAUUGAAACGGACCGUGGCUCCAGAGUUAACAGAGGAGAAUUUUAUUUUACCCAGAACCAAGGCGGCUGUUGACGAAUGCUUCCGUUUGCUUGAAUCCUUGCAUGCCUCUGCAACCGAUAUUGACUCUCAGCUCGAUUCCAAUGCUCUGGAGUACAGUUUGGCUCUUGAAGAAAAGUAUACCGCAAUUGCCACUGCUUCACUUGAGCUUCAAGCUGAAAGCAUCAACGAAGCUGUACUUGGGUUCAUCGGGUCUUUGGAAGGAGAAGCUAUACAAAACAGAGCCAAAUCUUUAACUGAACUUGUCGCAAAGACAAACAGGGCGAAGUCUACCUGUCUUACAUAG